UCUCAGUUCGGCGAUGGAAACUGAAUUAGCUGAGGAUAGUGAUCUUUCUAUUGGGAUUUUGUUCAAGUCAAAGAAUUGGUUAGAUCAGGUACAACAGCCAAAAUGGAUUUGCAUUUGAAGAGCCUGUUUGGUAGAUUUCAGGAGCAAUUUGGUUCUGGUCCGGGGCUUGGCCCGGGAUCCGGAACAUGUCUCAUGAAAGUAGAAGGUGUUGCUCCUAAUUUUAUUAAGUCUGUGUUUAAAGCUGCUGCUGCUCUGUAUAGGACUGAUCCGUGGAAAAGAUUGCGCCCAGGGCAUCUUUUCGGCAUUCGGGUUGGGAAGGAUUCAGAUUGGUCUGGCAAGAAACAGCCUUUCCCAUGUGUGCAAUUCGUUGGAGGGGAUGGUGGGGAUGUUGGCUUUAACAUGUUUAGGUCCGAAAAUGAUGCUAAGAAGAUGACGGGCUCGACCGAGACUGUACAAGUUCCUAACAUAGAGCUUUUGAGGGUCACGUAUGAACCUGAGUCGUUGAUGUUCCCCUCGAAUCGCAAAAUGAUUAAGUCGCUGUCACUGGAAGUGUCGGGGACUAAUCGUUUUCCGGUGAUCGAUGUUGCUCGUUGUGCGUCUUCUGGAUCUCUUCAGUUUAGGAAUCCAACUCUUGAAGAGCUUAGGUUUGUCUAUGCCGCCAUGAAAGCCAUUGCUUUGGUGCACCCGUUGCUUCAAGUAGAUAAAGAUGGUGGACCAAAGUGGUCUAGGUUAAUGUACUUUGAACCGUUUAUUGAGACGGUUGAUGUACAAUGGCCUCCAGAGAUGGCCAAAGGCUAUGACCUUGUUGCAGUGACGGUCUCACACCCGCCUGGUCAGGCGUACGAAGAAAAGGCUAGUUCGACAGCUAGCUCCACCCCAACCAAAUAUGCAGAGCCACCAAGGGAAGAUAUUUUUGUUGAUGUAAAAUUGUACUUGAAUGGAAGCUUGCGGCAAUGUGCAGCAUGCGAGAAAGAGGUUCAUGGAGAACAGGCUCUUUGUUGUGGGCGAUGUCGAGCUGUGCUCUACUGCAGUUCUGUCUGCCAGAAGCAACACUGGAAGGAAACUCACAAAAGCAUGUGUGGUCUUUACAAGGCUAUGAUGGAAAGGGAGGAAGAACUGGCAAUGAAAAUAUUCAUGUUUCCUUGUACUGCUGACCAGCCUUGUAAGUGGCUUGAAUCAUUGGGUAUCCAUCAAAAGGGCAUGUGGAGAAGAAAGUGUAGUUGCUAUUCUCACUGCCCUUUUGGUCUCCUUCCUGUUAAAGGUGGACUAUGGGAUUCUUGGGGUGGGCUUGAUGAUGAAGAGUAUCCUCGCGACUCGCCUUUUCAUCAUCAUUUGAGGGAUGGUAUGUCGAGCCCAAUCCUUCUCUCUGGUUGGUCAGAAUACUAUAAUCUCCGGUCGCUGCCAUUGUCAAGCCCAGUUGCUGAUAUUCUCUCCCAUCCGCUGACAGUUUAUUACAUAUUGACGGCUCUCAGCAUCAGUUCAAAGAACCUCUUACUCAAAGGGAAGGAGGUCAUUCUUCACUAUUUAGGGCCAGAAGGGGAGUUGGACUGGAUGCCAGCAUUUGCAGAAGUUGGUCAUUUGCUCAAUCGAUUGGGUAACAUACAAAUAAUAAUGGUGGGGCCAGAAGUUCCAACGAAUUUGUCGGGGACAACUUCAGGAAUUGGUAGCAGAGUGAGGGUGAAUCUUGUGAGAGGUGUCUAUCAGGAGGAAGCUACCUACUUGCCUUCUCCGCAUGUGAUUGUUGCUCUAAAUUGCGGAUUGGAUAGCUAUGCAAGCUGGGGUGGAGCUCUUAAUUUGAUCAAAUCCAUGGCUAUUCCAGCCUUUUUCACAGAUCAAUCUGAGAUAUCAUGCGCAAAUGCUAAACAGGUUCUUAGAAGUACUGGACUGCAUAUCACACAUCCUGUAACACCGAACCCUUUUCGCUCGCCGGUGAAGAAUCAUGAAGCUUCUAGCAAUCUUCCUGCAUAUAGCAAUGGUUUUGUGCUCGGAGUAAAUACAUGAAUUUAAACCAUGAAGACCAAAUUUGGAUUUAUUUCUUGCAGUUGUAUUUUUUAUGAUUACAAAUUCAAGCUUUAAGCAAAUCCAACUGUUUGAUUGAGAGACUGAGAGAGAGACUAAUGAGGUGGGAAUAUUAAAUUCGUUUUUCCCAUUGCAUUUCCGAACUCUCUGUUGUCGGUAAGCAUUAUUUAUUUGUUUAUUUGAAUUUGAACUCUCUCCAUAUUGUAGAACAGUUUCAAACUGCUGAAUUUUGUUGUCUUUCAUUUUUCUACUAUCAAAACUGUAUCUGUAUUUACUUUGAAA